GAGCAUCAGAUCAAGAGUAGAGGGCGAAAGAGGGAGUCAAAAAGCAACAAGAGGGUGGAUGAAAGCAAGAGGAGGAGAAAGAGAAGAAAAGGAAGGUCUUUAUAUCACAUAGUGGGAAACCGAAACAGAGAUGGCAAACACAGCAGGAGGAGUGCUUUUGUCUCUACUGAUGUUCCUCAGUGCCAGUGUGCCGUGUUUCUCUGUGUAUAACAGUGGCGAGUGCUUCUUCAACACUAAAGGGAGCUGUGAACACAUGGGACAGGUGUACGGGAUAGGAGAGAGCUGGAUAACCAGUGACUGUUACCAGUGUGUCUGCAUGGAGCCGUUUGGAGUAGGAUGCUGUGACUAUGGAUCUAAACCUGUGGACUAUCCAGACUGGUGUGAGAUCAUCCGUAAGCCUGACUCUUGUACGAGUGUCGCAGUGAUGAGAGUCAAUCACAAACUGCCCUGCCUCUGGGGACGAGGCCGUCUCAGACCAGCUGCAGGCCAGCCGUGGAAAUCUGACAAUGAUCCUCUGUUUUGAAUUUAACAACUGAUUAAAAAUAAAUCAAUAGGCCUAUAGUGAUGUGUGAUGUAUAUUAUGGAUUCAGUCAAUAAAGACUGCUGGUUUUGUUUUAUCAGAAGGUUUAUGACAUACGAAACUGUACUGAAUUUUAUAACGUAAUCUGCAAAUAACUGCCAUAGAAAUUAUCUAUUAACUCUGUUUAUAUGUAUAAUUUCACAUUUUGAAAUUGUGUUGUUGAUGUUUGUUGUUGAUGACUUUGUCUGAAUGUCUGGAUUGUUUCAGGUUCAUGUUUUAAGAUUAAAUAAAAAUGU